UGAAGAUAUGAUGGAUCUUAAAAGUGAGGCAGCUAACAAACUAGAUAUGGUACUUGAGGUUAGUGAAAUGCCUAGUCAAGGAAAUGACAAAUAUAAAGUCAAAUUUGAUAAACUAAAGCAGAAUUUAGAUGAUGAUAAUAAUCAAAAUUCAGAGAAGAAAAACAGUGAAAAAAGUAAUGAUAAAGAAGAGGAUGCUAAUAUGAUAGAGAAUGACUAUGAAGAGGAAGUUGAUAAAAUGCAUAAAGGAAAGAUAAACUAUGAAGCUGAAGAGAAAGUUGAUGAAAUGUAUAGAGGAGAUAUUGAAAAGGCAGACCAGAUAGAUAAGAAAAUACCUCUGUUAAUAGAAGAAGCUGGAAAUAUACAAGAUGCAAUCUUAUUAUUAAGAAGGGCAUUAGGAUUACCAUCUAGUCUUAGUGUUAAUUAUUUUUUAAAUUAUAAUACUGAA